AUGUUCAUUUAUGGAAGAGUUUUGAAGGGUGAAGGAACUACAUUUACUCUGAGAAGUUGGAAUGUGAAGCACACAUGCAAUGGAAAUGUUAAAGGGGAGAACAUAUGUGCAAAUCCAGAAUUUGUAGCUGACUGGUACAUGAAAAGUUUGGAGACUCUUGGUAACAAAAACAAAAUCCCUGAUCCUGAGUCAUUGGCAAAUGAGUUCAACAAAACAAUGAAAGUGAACAUUAAGUACCAUACAACAUGGAGAGCAAGAAAUAUUGUGUUGCAGAAUCUUCAUGGCAGCUAUGAGGAGCAGUACAAGAAAAUUCCUGCAUUCUGUGAAAUGGUGAAGGAAAAAAUGCCUGGCAGUGUAGCUAGUUCCUCAUAUGGAAGCACAGACAACACAUUCUUGUCAAUGGCACUCUGCUUCAAGCCUGCUAUAGAAGCAUUCUUGGCUGGAUGUAGGAAAAUCAUUGGAUUGGAUGCUUGCCAUUUGUAUGGGAAGUAUGGUGGUGUGUUACUAGUUGCAACAGGUCUAGAUGGUCAGAAUGGUUUAGUACCUCUUGACAAGCAGAAGGGGAUUAGUGAAGCUUGUGACAAAUACUUCUGCUUGGAUGAGCACAAAUUAUGUUUCAGACAUUUGAUGAAGAAUUUCAAGAAGUAUUUCAAGUCAUACAGCUUACAUGUUCAUUUCUGGAAUGCUGCCAAAUGUUACAAGAAGAGACACUAUCAGCAACACAUGGAUAAAUUAUUUGCUGAGGAUGAAAAAGCUGCACUGUAUCUCAUAUAUCAAAAUCCUGAAAGUUGGUCUAGGUCUCAUUUCUCAUAUGACAGCAAGUGUGAGCACAUCAACAAUAAUUUCUCAGAGUCUUUCAACAACAUGUCCAAGCCCUUUAGAGAUAAGCCAAUCAUUACACUUGCACAAAUGUAUAAUAAACUGGUGAUGGGUCUUUUCUUCAAGAGGAGGAAUGGAAGUGAAAACUGGAAGGAUGGUGAGAUAGUUCCAAAGGCAAUGAAGCUGAUUACAAAGAUGCGGGACUUAAAUCAUCUGUUUGAGUUAACUGGAGCUGUAAGGGGAAGGGUGUAUGAGGUCAGGAGUGUUCAUGAUGCUGUCUACUGUGACCCUGUAUAUAGUGUGGAAUACUACAAAAAGACAUAUGCUCCAGAGUUUGAACCACUGUCAACUGAAAUUGACUGGAAUAUACUGGUAGAGUUCAUUAAUCCUCCUGUUAUCAUAAGAAAAACUGGAAGGCCAAGGAAAAAGAGGAUUCCUUCUUAUGAUGAAGCUGGAAGUGUGAAGAAAAUGAGAAAGUGUAAGAAGUGUGGAGUUUAUGGUCACUAUGCAAUAACUUGUGCUGGUGGAGAGGUUGGAAAGAAUCCAAAGGGAGAAAAACCUAGAACUUGUGUUGAUGGCUCAACAUCAUCUACUUAUGUCCCUGAACCACCAAAAAGGAAGUACAAUAGAAAGAAACAGGUUGUUAGUGCUUCUGCAGGUGCAUCUUCUACUGCUAAGGAUGGAAUGAAGAACCAAAACAAUUCCAAAGCAUGUGUUGGUGAAUCUUCUAAACAAGGUGUUGCAAAAGGGAGAAAGAGAAAGGCUUCUUCUCAACCUGCUUUCAAUCAGACUAAUCAACAUAUUGGAUAUGUCAACAACAAAGUCACCUUCACAGUUGCAGAUCCAAAGGGAAAGAAGAAACCAAAGAAGUACAUGAAAGUCUGA